CGAUGAUUGGGAUGAUGAUGAGCAUCCCUCUGAUAACCGGCCAUCGGCAGAUGAUGAUAAUGGCAACAAUAGCGAUGACUGGGAUGAUGAUGAGCAUCCCUCUGAGAAGUGCCCGUCGGAAAAGGAUCAUAAUAACAACAAUAGCGAUGACUGGUAG